AUCUUCUGUUGUACAUUGAACGCAAUCCCUCACAAUGGCAGCCUUUUAUCAAAAUGUAAGGUUCCUUUGGGACUGUAUAUUCAUCCAUACAAAGACAUUCAAAAUCUUACCGUUGUGUCAUCGUCAGUGAUAACGAGAUGUCGUGUUUGUCGUGCCUAUCUAAAUCCGUUUGUAACUCUUUUAUCCAAUCAUAAGUGGAAAUGUAAUCUCUGUUUCCGCGUAAAUGAUCUCCCUAAUGAAUUCGUUUACAAUAGCAAUAUCUCCAUUAAUAAACGACCAGAGUUAAGGAAUUGCACUGUUGAAUUCAUCGCACCUUCGGAAUAUAUGGUUCGUCCUCCUCAACCAGCUGUGUACUUAUUCAUGUUCGAUGUGAGUUUUACUGCUACUAGCACAGGAUACUUGGAGGCCGCGUGUCGGAUUAUGAAGGAAGAGUUAGAUAAGCUACCAGGAGAUUCCAGAACAAUGAUUGGAAUCAUUGCUUUUGAUAGCAGUAUUCAUUUUUUUAAUUUGAAGCCUUCACUUCCCCAGCCGCAGAUGUUAGUCAUAUCUGAAGUUAAUGAUAUUUUUCUACCUUCUCCUGAUGAUCUUUUGGUUAACCUACAAGAAAGUAAAGAGUUAGUCUUAUCACUGCUGGACCAGCUCCCUAACUUGUUUGAUUCAUCAAGAAAUGUUCACAGUGCUACUGGAGCUGCAAUGCAAGCUGGAUAUAAGUUAUUGAUGCCUACAGGAGGACGUAUUACCGUAUUUCAAGUAUCUCUACCUAAUUUUGGACCUGGAGCAUUGAAAAUGCGGGAAGAUCCGAACCAAAGAGCAGCGGCAACAAAGGAGAUACCUCAACUCGUACCUGCUACAGAUUUUUACAAGAAACUAGCUCUUGACUGUUGUAGUCAUCAGAUAUGCAUAGACUUGUUUUCGUUAGCGACACAAUAUGCUGACCUGUCAUCUCUAUCAUGCGUCUCUAAAUAUUCCGCUGGUUGUAUUUACUAUUAUUGUAACUAUCAUCGAACAAACAGUGCAAUCUCGAUGAAGUUUGAAUCAGAAUUUAGACGAUAUCUUAGUCGAAGUCUUGGGUUAGAAGCGGUAAUGAGAAUUCGUUGUACUAGAGGCCUAUCCAUCCACACCUUUUAUGGAAACUUUUUUGUUCGUUCUACUGACUUGUUAGCAUUGCCUAACAUAAAUCCAGACACUAGCUUUGGAAUGCAAGUUUCUAUUGAAGAAUCUUUGAGCGAUUUAAAGCUUGCAUGUUUUCAAGCUGCUUUAUUAUAUACCAAUACCAAAGGAGAACGCAGGAUAAGAGUGCAUACAUUAGCAAUCCCAAUUGUGGCAUCACCUGACCAGAUUUAUAGAUCGCUUGAUUGUCGCCUUAUAGUAAAUUUGCUUUCUAAGAUGGCGGUAGAUAGAACAUUGACAGCAUCAAUAGGAGAUGCGCGAGAGGCCUUGCUCAACGCUAUAAUAGAUACUACAAAAGCAUUUAAAGCUCACAUUAGGUCAUCGCAGAAAUCUGAAGUUAUUCUUCCUUCAUCAUUGAAAUUAUUACCUCUUUACAUCCUUGGGUUAUUAAAACACACCGCAUUUCGUUUAGGGACUAGCACAUCAUUAGAUGCUCGAACAUUCGCUUUACACCAAUUCAACACUUUACCUGUCAAAACAGCUCUACUAACAAUUUACCCAGCUCUUUAUGCUCUCCAUGAUCUGGACAAAAACGAACCGAUACGUACAGCUUCAGGAAUAGUGCCUAAUCCACCCCAAUUACCUUUGUCGUGGGAAAAGAUUUACAAGAAUGGAAUCUACCUUUUAGACGCUGGCACUAUAAUAUUCAUAUGGAUCGGUAAAGCUGUUGACCCACGACUACUUAAUGAAUUAUUCGACAAGGAUAAUUUCUUGAGUCUGCCAGACACCUACAUGAUUUCUCUACCUGAACUUAAUAAUGCAUUGUCAAGUUCAGUAAGGAAAUUUGUUAACACUCUGCGUCUUUCGAGACCAAUUUGUCCUCCCCUAUAUAUCAUAAGGGAAGAUAGCCGCUUUAGGAAAGAAUUUAGCCAAAAUUUCGUUAACGAUCGAACGGAAGCCACGAUGUCUUACUUUGAAUUCAUGGUUCAUGUGCAAAAGCAGCUGAUAUAA